AUGGAUUAUCAGCAUUACAAUGACCCUUCCUUGAUACCCUUUCACACCUACCAUCUGCCAUCCUCCUUGUCCACAUCGCCCAUCACUGAUCUUUCAAACUGGAGCAUGAAUGCGCAUCAUCUGGAUGGUAAUGAGGACAUGAGUCAACCAGAACGUGGCAUUGCUGGUUUUGUUUCCAAGCUGUAUCAAUGCUUACAAGCACCUGACGAUGGGCAUAAAUACGCUCGUUGGUGUAGACACAAUGGCAUUGAUAUGUUUAUCAUUGACUGUAUUCCCAAAUUCACUGAAAUUGUGCUACCUCAGUUAUUCAAGCACUGCAAGUUUGCCUCGUUUGUUAGACAAUUAAAUAUUUAUGGAUUUCAACGAGACACGGACGCUCGUAAAUCCAAAGACAGUAAAGACAAAGAGACAUGUCGAUGGCACCACAUUCAUUUCCGUCCUGGGAGAAGAGACUUGUUCCACUUGAUACGCAGAAAGACACCGCGUUACUCUCGCAGAAAGAGGCCAAGGACCGAGGAAGAAGAGGACCCAGAAACUAUACUCAACAUUGGGUCAGGGGAUGAGUCUGACACACAUCAUGAAGAUAAUAAUAGUGCUGUUCAUCAUGGUGGCAGCAGUAGUUUGGAUGAAAGGCGUUGCUCUGCCUCGUCUGCGUCUUCCUCUUCUUAUACCCUGCAGCCAUACAGUCGACAAGCUCCUCCACCUCAGUACCAUCCAACCAUGAGUGCUUCAGCAACAACAACCCCCACAGAUAUCCUGUUGGAUACCAAUCCACAGCAGCAAAUGUACCCACCACUAUUUCACAACGCACUGACCUCGCCUAUAUCUACAUUGGAAGAAGCCAAUACAACCUAUAACCAUCCUGUUCAGCCCACACAACAAUCGCAGCAACCACCGACAUUUGCUUCCACUUUGAGUCAUUUGCCUCAUAUGACAGAACAAGCCAUGGCGCAAGAUGAAGAGCAGCUCAAGGCACACGUUGUACAACUACGUAAAAGCUAUCUGCACAUGUAUAAAAUACUGACGGGUGAAGUAAACAAGGCGUUUAACUUGGUGGAGGUGCAGAGAUCAAGAAUUGAAUUCCUGGAGGGUUCACUUCGACAACAACAUCAACAACAGCAACAGCAACAGCAACAACAACAACAACAACAGCAGCAGCAGCAGCAAAUGCGCAUUGAUACAACAUCGUAUCAGUAUAAUCCCAUCUUACACACAGCACCUGCAACACCCAUCUACCACCCAACUCUAUCCGCCACAUCCACACACCAGAAUUUUCUAUUUCCAACACAUGAGGAUGAAUCCACACACUCACCUGCCACUACGCUGCCCGAGAAAUGGCUAUCUUCUUAUCACCAGCACACCCAACACACUGGAUUAUCAUCCAUGGCAACAGACUGA